CUCUCUUGGAACGACGAUUGGAUUAUCCAAUCUCACGUAGUACCAACAAACUGAUAAACAGCUACUGUACAGCUAGGCACAGGUACAGGUACAGUGCUCAACGUGUCUCCAAGUAAAUACCUUACACUGCUUGCUCUCGCUCACAUACAAAACCCCCUCCGUCUCCUUUUUCUUUCUGAUUCUUUCUUUCUUCUCCUUCUUCUCUCUCCUUGGCUUCGUCCCAGCAUCUCAUCUUGUGAUGCUUCAUCGUCUCCUCGUAGAUUCUUUACUUUUGUGAAAUAAUCUGUGCUUUCGUACUUGACUCAUAAUGUCUUCGUUGCCUUCAAACGUCCAUGUCUCUCAGCACCCGUGUCUACGGGCAAAGCUGAGCCAGCUUCGCUCAAAGGCCAACAGCCCUAGAGAGGUCAAAUCACUGAUUCAUGAGAUCUCUCUGAUUGUCUCUUGUGAAGCUCUUGCUUCGUCUUUGGAAGCUACGGAAGGGACUCAGGAUGAGACGCCUUUGGGCUUCCAGUUCACUUCCACAACAGUGCAACCAAGUACCAUGUGUCUGGUUCCCAUUCUGCGAUCAGGUCUUGGCAUGGUUGACGCUGUGCAAACCAUGCUCCCUAUCCCAGUUCCAGUUCAUCAUCUGGGCAUGUACCGUGAGCCGUCUACUCUCGACCCAGUCGAGUACUACAACAAUCUUCCCCAGCAAAUUCCAGGUGACUCCUCCAACAGCAACGCUAGUAGCCUUGCUAUCUUGGUCGAUCCUGUUAUUGCAACCGGCGGGACCUGCGCCGCCGCCAUCCAGACGCUUCGUGAAUGGGGCGCAAAGAGAAUCAUUGUUCUCGCCGUUAUUGGAGCUGACGAGGGUGUUCAGAGAGUCGCUGCCGAGUGGCCCGAGGGAUGUGAGGUUUGGAUUGCUGCAGUGGACAAAGAGUUGACCAAGGAUGGUAUGCUGAAGCCUGGUCUGGGAGAUGUUGGUGACAGGUUGUUCUUAACCAUCGGCAAAUGAGUGCACAUUUACAGGUUUUGGGCGUUGUAUUCUCAUUGCAUUAACGUAUAGGUUAGAUAGUAUACAUCAUAAGUACCCCCAUAUUCCUCAAGGAAUUACAAACUGCUCCUCGUCAAGUAAUGUGCUCUCGUUCCAGCACUCGUCAAUCCAUUUCCCUGUCACUAAUCUUGGUUGCACGCGCCUUGAGCUCAGCUCUUUUCGUACCAUAUCAGCGGCCUCGCCCACUUGCAUCGGGUCGUCGCCUUGGAUCACCACAUGUGUCACAGACAGAUCAUCGGUGUCAUCUGUAACAUUACCCCCGCCGUACUUGACAAGGUGCUUUAGCCUCGAAAUCUUGUUGUCGCCAGCUUCCACGGCAUGAAACAGCACCACACAACGUCGAAAGGUAAAGCUCCUUGAUCGUCCUAAGUCUUUCCCAUGUUCCUCAAGCUGUUGGAGAAACUCAUUCUUGUCAAAUUGCGUGCCGUCCUCAAUAUUAGGCAUGUCUUGCAUUAGCUCUCUGAGUUCUUCGAUGGAAAGAUCCCGCGCGUAGCUGUCCCCAAACUGAUCUGUGUUAUCUUCUGCCGCUCGGUGUAAUGCAUCAGUGGCGUGAAACAGAUGCGGCGGUUCAAAUGGCAAAAGAAACGCUCCCAAUUCCUGUUCAAGACAAUCUCUUAUCCAUUUGGGGCGGAUAAUGUCAACGGCCCCUCCUUUAAUGAGGCUCGCCACCUUUACCACCUUCUUGUCGGCUAUCAGAACCAUGUUGGUCCCUGGUACGGCUCGUUGGAGGACUGUGCCGCCAUUCUCCUUGAUGAUGGCCUCAAGCUGGGCCUUGGUCUUUUUAUAAGGUCGGAGCGCUUCUGAAAGCACGCAGAAGUCCAGUCCCUCGAAAAGGUUUGUCAUCUCUCCCUUGAACUCAGCUACAGUCGCGUCUUCUCCAGCAAUGGUCAGCUCUCUCUUCACUCGCUUGGGGUUGCGCCGCUUCCUGUCCUCAACCGUCAUCGCCUUCUCCUUUGACUCUUCAUCAACUCGCUCCUUCAACUCCUGGAACUCUUCAAGGGAGAGGGCUGUAUCCCAGGUUCGGUCCAGUCGAAGUCGUCUGAAUCGUGGGAAUCUUAGUGUGAAGCCUCGAGCGAAUUGAUCUGAAGGUCCAACACUGGCUGCUUUCACAGAAACAACAACAGAGUCUUUAGGUCGAAUCCAGACAUCCGGUCUCUCAUACUGUCUAAGCUCUCCUCCUCCAAGUUCGAUGUACUUUGAUGGCGGAUUCUUCUGAUCCCACUCAAUCCACUUGCCUUCUGUUCGAUGCCGAAUCUCCGCAUAGUCUUCUGCACGGAAACCGCCACCGACUUUGAAGAAACUGAAACAUUUCUCGGGGUUGGCGCCAGCUUGGAUAUGAUUCUGCGUAACACGCAGUCCACACAGAAAGCUUGAUAGCAUGCCACCUCGUUUCCCUGAACCAUAGUAGCCACCAAUAAUGACACAGUCGAGGGACUCGCCAAACUCGGACAUGUAUUCAGGUUUGACCUUGAGCCAGUCAUCAUUUCGACUGUUGAGGCGGUACAUAGAUCGCGGGUUCUUCAGCACAAGGCCUUCAGAAGCAUUAGCGACGACCUCACGGAGAAGAGGCUCGAUUGCGUCGGCACUCGUUGCCUUGUCGUGACUGUGAAUUUCAAGUCGGCGAUGAACAGGCUUGAUAGCCUUUACCAAAGCUCGAUGUCGAUCCCGCAGGGUAUAUUGAGUUAGGGGCUUGUUGUUCAGGUAAAGGAUAUCAAAAACGCGGAACAAUGGCCUGUGGCCAGCUGAGUCUGUAUCAGACUUAUUCUUCUGUUCCGAAAGCGCAGCUGUUUUGAGGGUGCCAAAAGGCACUAUCUUGUCGACACCCAUAUCCCAGGUGAUCAUUUCGCCGUCCAGGAUCAAGUUUUUUACUCCAGAUGCAAAUGCGUUUUUCAAAUGUCUGGUCAGACUUGAGUUCUCGUCUUGAAGACCAUCGCCGUAGAGAUAUGUGUAAUCUUUGGCUUUUCGUGACCAAAAACAGAACCUUUUGCCACCCGGGUGGCUCUUGUCUUGGACCAUAUGAACUUGCAUACGCUCACCGUCCAGCUUUUCCUCGAUCCAGAAUUCGGGGUCUUCCUCGGUUGGUCGAAGAAGCUCGAUCAUUUUUUGAAAUGAUGCAGGCAUCUGAAAUUGGGCGAGCUGUGGUUGGAAACAUUGCAUCAAAGCAACUCCAGUUUCCUCCUGCUCAAGGCGGGUUUCUGGGUCAUGCAGCUCCCAGCAAACACGUCUUAAACUUGAGGACACACUAAAUAGAGCAUCUCCGUCUGGAUGCCACAAGUCAAGGAAAGUCUUCUCCGUGGCCCCGACUUUCAUCUGCUUGAGGACGAUCCGAAUGAGCCACAUGAGCUCUUCUGAAUUCAUGCGAUUGUAGAAAGUCUCAAAGACGUGCAGAUUCUCUGACUCUCCUGUUGAAGCAGCGAGUUUGUCAAGCUGCUCAUUGACUUCUGCAAUGGUCAUAUUCCCAACAUCGGUGCGCAUUGGCCGCUUUGAGAUGACUUCAAAACAUCGUCCUGCAAAGUCACCAGCCAGGCGCGACGCUGUCGUCUGACCUGGUAGCUUCCAAUGCAACAGGUUGUAGCCAUCUUCGGAGUUUUUGUCGAUUUUCAUAAGCUUAACGAGCAACUUUCCAAUUGUGUUUUCUUUGAGUCCGUAAACUCCACGGUCACGGUCUUUGUCUGGCAGGAUCAGACGCAAAGCGGGAUAGAAAUCAGGACCAACUUCUUUGCGCCAUCGAGUGAUGAAGCGCUCAAUGAUGUGCCUACGCUGUUCAUGAGGAGAAAGCUUGUUCACACCACGGAAUCCCUUUCUAGGGCCUGCACCGAUGGCAUUCUGCUUCUUAUUCUCAUUGAGGGGGUUGAAGACUUCUCGA